CCGCUCAUCUCAUCCUGACCAACAUCAUCAUCAUCCUCACCGAUAAGCGCCCGCUCCCAACUAGCAAAGCAGCACACCAACCUACCCUCCUAGCAUCAGUGCUGCGAUGCUUCUUGGCAGGCCGUCUUCGUCGUUAUUCAUGCGGCUGGGCCUCAUCGCCGUCUUGGUGGCUGCCAUCUUGGCCAUCGCCCCGGAGCCAACACUAGCUGCAGGGCAGCCAGGCGUUUCGAUAUCUCGCUUUGAAUCGCUUCCAGGCAGAUUAUCCUACUUUGACGACUCCACCGUAGUCCUCUAUCACGACACAUUACGAGGGAAUGUCUACCGCAGCGAAGAUGAGGGCAAGGCCUGGAAGCAGGUGUCUGGCCCACCUGGCGGCAGCGCGUAUAUGCUGGUAGAGCACCCUUACGACAAGCGUAUGGCCUUCAUCUUGUCAUCUGGCAAGUCACAUUGGCGUUCAGCUGAUCGAGGCAAGACAUGGCAGGAGUUCAAGACUCCAGAACCACCAGCUGUUCGAGCUGGCCCCCCGCUCGAGUUCAAUGCAGACGAGAAACACUACGACUUCAUCAUCUUCACCGGCAAGAAGUGCAAACCUUGGACUCCCUGGGGUGGCGCAAUCUGCCACGACGAAGCAUACGUAACGCGCGAUGGCUUUGCGACCGAUCCGAAGCCGCUCAUCGAGUUCCUAAUCCAUUGCUCAUGGGCAAAGGCGACCCCCGAGCUUGCUGUCAAGCAGGAACAUCUGCAGAGAAUCUUCUGCAUUGCAUGGGAGGACAGCCCCACGCCGAGCGUCUCAACGGCUCUCAAUGAUCCAAUGCACAUGAUGCAGACGCUUCAUUCUCGUGGGGGCUACCAAAGCGCUGCUCGCCGUGAUGCGCCAUCCGCCACUCGCCUCUUCUACUCGGACGACUUCUUUGGGUCCCGCAGGCUGGUCGAAUUCGACAUGGGCAGAGAUGCCAAGCAUUUUGUCGGACUGGGCCCUUCGAAGCGCUACCUCGUCACUGCGCUGAGAGACAUCCAGAGCUCGAGCGGAGGUAACAUGGGGACAGAGAUGGCCAUGUUCGUGUCGCAGGACGGCAACAAGUGGCAGAAGGCCAAGUUCCCUCACGGCCAUGGCCUCAGAGAGAAUGCCUACACCGUGGUGGACUCUACGCUGCACUCGCUGGUCGUCGAUGUGCUGGAUGCGGGAGGUUCCUCGACGGGCGUACUGUUCACCAGCGACUCCGAAGGCGUCCACUUCGUCAAGAGCCUCGAGAGCACAUCCCGCGCUCCCAAUGGUAUCGUCGACUUUGAGCAUCUCGAGAACGUCGAGGGUGUGGCCAUCGCCAAUGUCGUCACAGAUCAAGGAGGAGGUAGGGGAGGGUACGAGAGCCGCAAAGUGAGAAGCAUGAUCACGUGGGAUGAUGGCAGUCGCUGGAACUACAUCAAGGCGCCGAAAGUCGACGGCGUCAAGUGCAACGUCGACAAUGUCGAGUCUUGCUCUCUGAAUCUCUUCUCCGUCACCAAGAUGCACAACACCGGGCGCGUCUUCUCCUCCACAGCCCCCGGCUUCGUCAUGGCCGUGGGGUCCAUCGGCGAUCGCCUCUUGCCGUACGAGGAGUGCGACACCUUCCUCAGUACAGACGCCGGCCGAACCUGGAAGUUGGCUUCCAAGGACGCGCACAAGUACGAGUUCGGCGAUCAGGGGAGCGUUCUUGUCAUCGUCGACGAUGAGGACACAACAAACCACAUCAGCUACACUUUCGACCAGGGUCAGACGUGGCACAAGCGCGACCUUGGUCUCAAAAUGCGAGCCAAGAUCCUCACGACAAUUCCAGACAGCACCUCUCUCAAAUUCCUCCUCAUUGGCACACAAAAUCGCAAGGACGCCGGCUCGCAGCCCAGGCACGUCUCCGUCUUCCUUGACUUUGCAACCGUAGGCAAGCGUGCGUGCGGGGAGAAGGACUUUGAGAAGUGGUACGCCGAAGGUGGCGAGACCAAGUGUCUCAUGGGCCACAAGCAGUGGUUCAAGCGCAGAAAGGCAGACGCCGACUGCUUCGUCAAGGAUAAGUUCCACGACCCUGUAGGACGAGAGGACCCUUGUCCUUGCACCGAGGAGGACUAUGAGUGCGACUUUGGCUACGCGCGGGACGAUACCGGCAACUGCGUCACAACGACCCGUGAGACGAUUCCUGCUGGAGAGUGCACGGCUGGAAAGAAGACAUUCAUGGGCUCUUCUGGCUAUCGCAAGAUCCCAGGUGAUAGCUGCGAUGCUGCCAAGGGGGUCAAGAAGGACCAAAAGGUGGAGAAACCAUGCGAUCAGGGCGCGCCCAAGCCUGGUACGGUGGGAAUGCAGCGUCACGAAUUCCCUGGCCGUAUCGAUGAUCACGCCUGGUUCCCGUCUUCGCCCAAUCUUUUGGCGUACGUCGACGAUGGCUCCAUCUGGGAGUCGAAGGACGAUGGCGCCAAUUGGUUCGAGAAGCUGCCCGACCCAGAGCGAGGCGAUCCUUCAAGCCGCUUCCUGACGAUGGCUCUGCACACGCACGACAAGGAGCGUGGCUACCUCAUCACGGCAGACCAGAUCGUAUGGUACACCUCAGAUCGCGGCAAUCAAUGGCACUGGUUCACGGCUCCCCAGCCGGCCAACGGCCUUGGUCUCCCCAUUCUGCAGUUCCACCCGCUGCAGAGCGACUGGCUCAUCUGGACAGGCAGCGAGGGCUGCACAUCCGGCGUCGAUGGGAGCAACUGUCAUGCUCGGUCUUGGUACAGUCUGGAUCACGGCCGCAACUGGCACAGCAUCGAAAAGUAUGUGCGCACAUGCGCAUGGGCGCGCGACCAGAGCUUCCCCGUCGACUCCAAGGCCAUCAUCUGUGAAUCCUACAAAAAGAAGGAAGGGUCGCAACGCAGCUUUGAUACGGGCAACAACGAUCUGCAGCUCGUCUGGGGCUCGCCGUACUGGCGCAAUCAGAAGGUGCUAUUCGACAAGGUCGUCGGCUUUGCCGUCUUUGAAGGCUUUCUCGUCGCUGCUGAGCUCAGUCGCUCUUCUGGUUCGAUCAAACUGAUGAUUUCGAUGGAUGGCCAGACCUUCGCGCAGGCCAAGAUGCCGCCCAACCUCCAACUUGACAACAAAGCCUACACCGUCCUCGACUCGGUGACGAAGUCCCUAUUCCUGCACGUCACAACGCACGCGACAUUAGGCACCGAGUGGGGCACUAUCCUCCGAUCGAAUGGCAACGGGACUUAUUACUCGCUUUCACAGGAAUUCGUCAACCGCAACGAAGCCGGCUACGUUGAUUUUGAGAAGAUGCUCGGCCUCGACGGUAUCGCGCUGAUCAAUGUCGUAAGCAACGCAGAUGACGCCUCGGUGUCAGGUCGCAAGGACCUCCAGACACGCAUUACGCACAACGAUGGUGGAAGAUGGAAGGAGAUGAUUCCUCCGCGAGUUGACGCCUUUGGAGCACCCUACGAAUGCAACACUCGUGGCUGCUCGCUACAUCUGCACGGCUUCACCGAGCGAGAGGACCCUCGCGACUCGUACAGCAGCCCUUCGGCCGUAGGCUUGAUGCUGGGUGUGGGCAACGUCGGGAAAAAGCUCGCGCCGUACAAGGACAGCGACACCUUUUUGACUCGCGACGGCGGCUUCACGUGGGAGGAGGUUCACAAGGACGCCCACAAGUGGGAGUUCGGCGACCAAGGCUCGAUCAUCCUGCUGGUCAACGACGAAGAGCCAACCGAUGUCGUCCGCUAUUCACUCAACGAGGGUUUGAAAUGGGAGACGUUCAACAUCGGAGAGCGCCUCCGCAUCAAGAAGAUCCUCACCGUUCCGGAGGACACGCAUCGCAAGUUUGUUCUCCUUGGAGAAAGCCCGCGCGCCCAGUCCAAGUCGGUGGCGAUUCAUCUCGACUUCUCCUCCAUCACGGGAAGAAAAUGCGUCCUGAAUCCCUCGAAGCCGGAGAGCGACGACUUUGAGCUAUGGAGCCCGAGUGAGGAGCGCUCCGAGCUCUGCCUGUUCGGCAGACAGACGUACUACUACCGAAGGAAGAGGAGCGCCGACUGCUUCAUUGGGACGCAGAUCAUUCAGCCGCAUUCAAUUGUGAAGAAUUGUAGCUGUACGGCUGCCGACUUUGAGUGCGAAUUCAACCACUACCGCGACGCGAGCGGGGAGUGCGUCCUUCAACCCGGUACUACUGCGCUCGCCUCCGAUCCCUAUGAGCAAUGUGUUGAGGGCGAUGAUUAUUGGUAUGAUAGAACCAAUGUGCGCAAGAUACCGUACUCUUCUUGCGACGGAGGCGCAAGGCCGGAUCGAGGCGCUCGUCACGUCUGCCCGAUGAGCACGCGACGACAUGGCUUCUUGUGGUGGACGACGAUCAUCAUUUCGCCGUUCGUGCUAGCAGGCCUUGUAGGAUACUGGUGGCUGCAGAGGAGCGCCGGUGGCCGUGCUUCGCAUGGGUCGAUUCGCUUGCCUGACCCCGGCUCGUACGCCGAGUCUCCCAUGGCACAAACAUUGGCCUCUGUCCCUUGGGCACUCGUCGGUCUAGCCAACACAGCUUGGGCCUGGAUCUCGCGGCAGGCAGAGAGCUUGCCGUUCCUGCAACGGCGUAUGCCGCGAACGCGAGCCUCGUAUGGCGGCUAUCGUGGACUGGCGCAAGAUGAGGAUGCGGCGAUCCUCCGCGACUACGACGAAGAGGACUUCGAUAGAUGAGCGGCUGGCCGUGAUUUAGGAGGCGUGAGAGUUUGGGUCAGCUCAGAGGGAUUGCCUGUGCCCGCGGAGGCGGGCGCGCGAU